ACACACAACUUAAGGUCCCUCCCAGCUUUGUGCAUACAUACAACUUACCCUUGCACCUCUACCCCAGGCCAUACCAUCCCCAGUGGGAUCCCAGGGCACCUUCCAGGAAGCCGGAAGCAUGGCAGUGAGGGCGUGGCUUCUUUGCUUGCUACUGCUGGCCUUAGUCCUCCCCGGAGCUUCCAGCCGAGCCCACCAGCACUCCAUGGAGACACGCACCCCUGACAUCAAUCCUGCCUGGUAUGCAGGCCGUGGGAUCAGGCCUGUGGGCCGCUUCGGCAGGAGGAGGGCAGCCCUGAGGGACAUCACCAAACCUGGCCCGAGGCGCCGCUGGCUAAGCUGCCUCCCGCUGGAUGGGGGUGCCAAGUUCUCUCAGCGUGGAUAA